GCUGUCACUGGCUGUCGGGAGGAGGCUGAUGGAGGACAGGGGGACCAGCAACUUGUAAGCAAACAUUUACACCGACAUAAAACAAAACACACACAAAAAGAUGCAGCAAAAGCCCCCCCGCGGAGGCAGACAAUGCUCAGGCCUGAAGUGAAGAAGUUUGUUGUUGCUGUCACAGCGUAAGUGCACGGGCGCAACAAAGCGAGAAACGCACCCAGCACAGAUGGAUUUGAACUAUUUGAAUUGACAGUCGACGCGGUGUCAGAAAGGCGUUAAAUGUUUCGAAAAUAUAAGUUACCGUCCUGACAAAAUGACCCGUUUGCACUGCGGGCUUCACGCUUUCGGACAAAGAGCGUCUUCCAUUCACUUCUUCUUCGCGGUCCUGGUGGUCCUGGAAAACUGCAAAACUUUGGGAUUGGGAUUAUCACAUGAACCAGAAAGAUUUCAGGAUGACUUCCCUUUGUACGAGGUGGUUCACCCUACGAGACUGGAUGCCAAGGGUCACUUCCUGUCCAAUUUCCUGUCUCACCAUGCUCGCCGUUUACAGCGCAGGGAAGCCUCAGUGGAACCAGCAGGACUAGAUCGCAUCUUCUACCAGUUUUGGCACGGCGGCCACAACUUGCACUUCAACCUCACUCUGAAUCCUCACCUGCUGGCUCCAGGCUUCAUGACUGAGAGGAGGUUUGGUGGCCUGAAGGGGGCACGGAUCAAACCUGCUGGAUCCUCCCACUGUCAUUUCUUGGGCGAAGUGUGGGAUGAUGCCAUUGUGAAAGGGAGCGCAGCUAUAAGUACUUGUGAUGGCCUGACGGGACUCUUCAAGUUGUCUGAUGAAGAGUUCUUUAUUCAGCCUCUGGAGACAUCAAGUGAUGAAACAUCAGCACCACAGGCCCAUGCCAUCUACAAACGGCAUGUGUCUCCUCCCUCCUGGAGCCCAGUCAUACAGCCCAUCUCAGGGAAACGACCUUUCAACGGUACCUGUGGAAUCAAAGAUUAUCAUCAAAGCUUUAAAGACAUUGAGAGCCAGCGGGAGCGUUGGGAGCGCAGGCAGCAGAGAAGGAGGAGAAGAAUUCGUCAACGCUCUGUCAGCAAAGAGAAAUGGGUGGAAACGCUGGUGGUGGCUGACCCCAAAAUGGUGGACUAUCAUGGGAGCAAAGCUGUGGAAAGCUACAUACUUGCUGUCAUGAAUAUUGUGGCUCCGGAGGCUGAGCCGGGGCCGCAUGCCAAAGGGCCUGUUAAGGUGCUACCAGCCGAGGUGGACUCUGAUGCAGCCGAGGCGGACUCUGAUGCUGCUGAGGCAGAGACUGAAGCAGCUGGGUCUGGUACGGCCGGGGAACCCCUGGCGGGGCGGUCUACGGAGGAUCUCCGUUUGACCCUCCGUAUAAGGGAGGUGGAAACCCGUGCUAAAGAGCUUGAGGUACAAGCAAUGCACCUCCGUGUCAGAGCUUUGGAGCUGGAGCGAAAGCCCUCCACAUCUGCCUCUAGUCAUCCUGGUACGUCCACCGCUGUCCCAACAGGUUUUGACAUCACUAAGCACGUUAAACUGGUUCCCCCGUUUCAUGAGGCCGAAGUGGAUUCCUAUUUUAACGCUUAG